UUUACGCUCUCUCCCAGCUCACCCUUCACUAUUUACUGUCAAGACGCGAUGAAGUUAACAGCGCUUUGUAUAUGCGGGACCCUGCUGAUGUUCGCGAGUCCAUUUUGGACCAGAGCAGACUCUGAUGAAGGACUUCUGCUGGGGGAUAAAGGAUAUGGCCCCUGUGUUGCAACUUUGAGGCCCGAGGUGCCAUGCAGAGAGGGGCAGCAUGGGGGCACUUGCCCUUACCUGUUCAGUCUGCCGCCGUUAACUGUUUAUUUGCCGCGGCAACUAAAAGAGCUGGAGAAGAUUGUGAAGGACCUGCAGAAGCUGAAGGACAGCGUGGAUGAGCUGAGGGAGAUGUGCACGGACUGUACAGUAAGCCAAACCGAGAGAGAGUGUGGAAGGCAAAGAGAGGGGGAGCACGUGAAACUGAAUGAGAGGAACUGGAUGAAUGAGAGACUUGAAGAGAAUGAUAUCAGACAAGAGUGUGGAGGAGACAGAGGUGAGAUGGAAACGGCUGAAGGCGACUCAGAAAACACAUUGAGAGAAGAGAAAGAAAGGAAAAAAUGGGAGUCAGAAAGAGAGAGGGAUAAAGGAGUCGUAAAAGAAAAUGAGAAAGAAGAAACUCUGAGAAAAGAGUCAGUAACAGAUGGAAAAACUCAGACGGAGGGGUCAAAAGAUAAGGACAAACUGGGACAGAGAAAUGUGUCAACUGCUGAUGGAAAUGAGGGAACAGUCAAUACGAUGACAGAAAGGGUUGCUGACAAAAAUAACAGGGAGACAGACAGGAAUAAAGGAAAUGCAGAAAAGGGGAAUUCAAAGGGAUAUCAAGAGUUGGAGAAUGGAAAAGAAAGAAAAAUGACCACUAAAGUGAAAAAUAAAGAGAAACCAGGAGAAAGUGACCGUCACGUGUGGCAAGAUGAGACAAAGGAAACAGAGACAGAGACCCAAACUGAAGCUGAUGAUAGAAUAAAGAUGUCUGAGGACAACGGUCAGCAUACAGAUGAGGAGCAAGCGCAGCACAGGGAGGAGAGGAAAAAGGAAAUGGAAGAGGGAAUAAAAGUGGAGCGAAAUAAUGAGAACCUAAAACAGACUGAAACCAUUGGGCACACAGAAAAAGAGAGGACUAUAAAAGAGGGGGCGGUGGAGGGAGAGAGAAGGACGACGGGAAAGGAGAUCAAAACAGAAGAAGAAAAAACAGAGAGUGUGCAGAGAGACGGUGAUGGAGAAUUAGCAUCCAACAAAGCAAUUGAAAGCACAGACUUAGUUUCAAUCAGCCCGACUACUCAUUCUACCAUAGCUUCAAGGCCUGAGCCCAUGGACUCAAACAAAGCUACAAUCUUUACGUCAUCUCUUCCAUAUACUCCUUUGCCCAGUUCCACUUUAGAUUUGAUCACAGAUGUCAGCCACGUGACAGUAACUAAUUAUGGACCAACCCAAAGCACAGGCCUUGGAGCAGCUCAUAUUCCUGAGCCCCCAAGCCUUAAUUCAGACUCUGCCACAGUAAGCACACUGGGCGGACAUGGACAACAGACAACUAGUGCCACCACUACAGUCAACUCCAGGGUAAGGCCUGGGGCAAGCUUCCAGGAUCACAUCAGCUCAACCACAACUACCACGACUACAAUCCCCAGAGCUACAGGUCACAGAUGGACGGCUAAAAAGAACGGCAGCUCAAAUGCUAAGACUGGUGAGAAACCUGUGUCAGGUCAAGGACUAAAGCCUGGUGAAAAGCAGAGACCUGGAAUUAGGCGUGAAGAAGACCAAAAACAAAAAAACCCUAGGAUUGGCCGUAAACCAGACCAAACUCCUUCUCCAGACAAAAAAACUAAAUACAACCAAAAACAGACACCUUCUCACCACAAACCUACAACCAUCCAACCUAUACACAUCCAUGAUCCAAGACAAGACCAAAUAUCCGAGCCUGACCAAAAAACUCCACCUGGUACUUUACCAGUUGACCUAAAUCUGAAAAACCAUCCUAGGAAUGACCGUAAACCCGACCAGACUCCUUCUACAGACACAAAAACAAAAUACGACCAAAAACAGACACCUUCUCACCACAAACCUACAACCAUCCAAUCUAUACACACCCAUGAUCCAAAACAAGACCAAAUAUCCGAGCCUGACCAAAAAACUCCACCUGGUACUUUACCAGUUGACCAAAAUCUGAAAAACAAUCCUAGGGAUGGCCGCAAACCCAACAAAACUAUUUCUACAGACGCAAAAACAAAAUACGACCAAAAGCAGACACCUUCUCAGCACAAACCUACAACCAUCCAACCUAUAACCAUUCAAGAUCAAAAACAAGACCAAAUAUCCGAGCUUGACCAAAAAACUCCACCUGGUACUUUACCAGUUGACCAAAAUCUGAAAAACAAUCCUAGGGAUGGCCGCAAACCCGACCAAACUCCUUCUCCAGCCACAAAAACUAAAUAUGACCAAAAACAGACACCUUCUCAUCAGAAACCUAUAACUAUCCAACCUAUACCCAUCCAAGAUCCCGAACAAGACCAAAAAACUCCAGUUGGUACUUUACCAGUUGACCUUAAUCUGAAAAACAAUCCUAGGAAUGACCGUAAACCUGACCAAAGUCCUUCUACAGACACAAAAACAAAAUACGACCAAAAACAGACACCUUCUCACCACAAACCUACAACCAUCCAACCUAUACACACCCAUGAUCCAAAACAAGACCAAAUAUCCGAGCCUGACCAAAAAACUCCACCUGGUACUUUACCAGUUGACCUAAAUCUGAAAAACAAUCCUAGGGAUGGCCGCAAACCCGACCAACCUAUUUCUACAGACACAAAAACUAAAUAUGACCAAAAACAGACACCUUCUCACCACACACCCACAACCACUCAAUCUAUGCACAUCCACAAUCCAAAAAAAGACCAAAUACCUGAACCUGACCAAACAACUCCACCUGGUAAUUUACCAGUUGACCAAAACCUGAAAAACAAUCCUAGGGAUGACCAUAAACCCGACCAAACUCCUUCUCCAGACACAAAAACAAAAUACAACCAAAAGCAGAAGCCUUCUCACCACAAACCCACAGCCACCCAACCUCACGAUCCAAAACAAGACCAAAUAUCCGAACCUGACCCAACAAUUCCACUUGGUACUUUACCAACUGGCCAGAAUCCAAAAAAUCCUAAAAAUUAUGAAGACAGUGCGCCCGAUCAAAACAAACUCCCUAGUCAAAACCCCAAGUCUCAUCAAAAGCCUGUGACUCCUGCUCGCAGACCAGCGUCUCAUCAAAGACCUCCAACUGUGAAACACUCUGACAAAUAUCCUCCAACUGACCAAGGAGGACAGGAGUCUGAUGAAAUCCCAGGUGUUAAUCCAACCUCUGAACCUGAGAAUAAAUGGGUUCACUACUCUAAGAAUGACAAGGCUGUACAAAAGCAAACACCUGAAAAUGAGAGAAAAAGUGAAGAAAACAAAACAGCUGGUGAAAGAUUUGAACCAAACCGAUCUCCCAAACCUUUCCAAGAGCCUGAAUCUGAAAGAAGUGAAACAGCUACCUCUGCACCAAAACUCAACGAAAAGCCUCAAAAUGAGCCGAAAUCUGAUGAAAAUCCCUCAACAGAGACUAAAUCCAAUCAAGACUUAAAACCAGGAAAGAAAAUUACACUCAAUGGCGCUAAUGUAACCUCUGACCAAAGGCCGCAACCCAGCCAGAAAAUCCCAGGCCAGAGAAUACCGGGCCAAAGAAUCCCAGGUCAGAGAAUCACAGGUCAGAGAAUCCCUGGCCAAAAACCUAAACCUGGCCAGAUGCCUAAACCGAAGCAAAAACAUUCAAAACCUGUGACUGACUUAAAGACUAAACCAAAUGUUAAGCCUAAAAAUGACCAAGGACCACAAACCAAUCAGAGUGUUAUAACACUCAGGCCUGGCCAAAUACCUCAUCUCAGUCCCAACUCUGUGCCUGAUGAAGUCCCCAAAGCAGAGUUCAACAAAACAUCCAAACCGAGGCCUCCCUCCCGAUUCAGACCACCAACCAGACCUGCAGUCAAGCCAGGAGCAGUACCUGUUCAACGUCCAAAAUCAGCAGUGCAGCCAAAGCCAAAUCCAAAGGCCAAAACACAUUCAGAUCCUCCUCAGAUCAGCUGGACUACGUCAGACGACAUCCAAAACUCUCUAACCAACAUGACACCCACAUCUGGCCCUAUAAAACCGGCCCCUGAAGUGGCUCAUUCCCCAGAGGACACAGAGGUCAGUCCCAGCACGAGGAAAACUAUUACUCUGAGUCCAAAGACCUCCAACAGCCUGGAAACUGGACCCUUCACUAACCAUCACAGCCUCCCUGAAGAUGUCACAAUGAGCCCAAACAGCAGGACUAUGUCUGAUCUGAGGCCUCAAACAGCCACUAAACCACCAUCAAUCCCAUCGACAAUGAGACCAAACAAAAUCGUCCAUGGGAUCCCUCCAACUGUUACCCCUAGCACCAGUCCAGAGUCUGCAAACCCAAAUCAAAUGUCCGAAUCUGACUCCAGCUCACAAACCAAGACACUACACAAAGUGGAGGAGACCACAACGAGCCAAACUACAACCGUGGUCCCUUCCCCCAGUCCUGAGACCACCUCCACACUAAGACCUGAUUCCAGGUCAACAACCUCAGCCACCUCUGGCCCCCAGCCUCUGGCUGUAGAGGCUUCCACUCCCAGUGCACGGGAGCUGCGUGUAAAGAUCAACCAGGUGGCUGCUUUCCUCAAUAACAGCUUGAAUCCAAAUGGAAGACCACCAAACAGGUACACAAAAGAGCACCCCAAGGACACCCAGGGAGGCAGCCAGCCUGACGGGACAGAACCGCCAACACCGCUACCAUCUAAAGUGCCCAGAGACUGCUCAGACCACCUGCUCAGAGGAGAGACAAAGAGCGGAGUGUACCUGGUGACCCCUGACCUCCGCAGCAGGAGCUUCCCGGUGUUUUGUGACAUGGAGAGUGAUGGCGGAGGAUGGACCCUGCUGCAGCGAAGGCAGGACGGCAGCGUGAGUUUCAACCGCACUUGGGCGGAGUACCAGUCCGGCUUCGGGGAGCUGGACGGAGGAGAGUUUUGGCUGGGCAACCACAUGAUCCACCUGCUGACCCGCGACAGGGACAUGGGGCUGCGGGUGGACCUGGAGGACUUCGACGGCAAGAGGGAGCAUGCGCAGUACGAGCUGUUCCGAGUGGCGAGUGAACGGCUGCGUUUCAGGUUGACGGUGGGGGGUUACUCUGGCACCGCGGGGGAUGCUCUUCGCUUCAACAAAAGGUACGACCACAACAACAGGGCGUUCACCACACCGGAUAAGGACAACGACCGCUACCCAUCCGGGAACUGCGGAGCCUACUACAGCUCCGGGUGGUGGUUUGACGCCUGCAUGGCUGCCAACCUCAACGGGAGAUACUAUGUUGGGAAGUACAAAGGAGUCCGGGAUGGGAUUUUCUGGGGGACGUGGCACAACAUAUCAUCAGAGUAUUACCCCACCAACGAGAGACACUCUUUUAAAUCAGUCAGGAUGAUGAUCAGACCCAAAGGCUUUGCACCAUGAACUCCAGCUCCAGUGCAUGUUGGAAAACCAAAAACAAACAUCAAUGAUCUAAAUAUUAACUUAAGCUCCAAAGAUAUUCCUUACAAGUUUAAUAAAACCCAUUGUACUCUCCACACAGUUAUUAUAAACUAUUAACGCACUGCUGCCGCCUUGUGGCGUUUGAAUCUGCAGAAAGCUGUCUGUUUACAGUAUGACAUGAAAUUUGCUGAGGAUGUACAUGCAGAGGAUAGAGUCCUGGUCACAUUGUAUGUUAUCUAGUAUUUUAUAGUCAUUCCUUUUUUUGUGUCGAGAAAGGAAUUUGUGAAAGAGUUAUUUUUCUAUCAGUGACAAUCUGAUUCUGACGGGUAAGUAGCAACUUUUUAUUACCGUACCGAGGGGCCAGUUGAUAGUUGAUUAAAGCUGUCUGGGAUGUUUUGUAAUUGUUUGAUUUGUUAAGAUUAAUAAAAAUGGAUUUACAUAAA